AUGCAUCUAGCGGCAGUCACCUUCCCAUCCCAUCCAGUCCAUCUCUUUAGUUCGUUCACUGUCUCUGUCUCUGUCAAGAAAAGGCACGCGGCCUUCGUGGGGAUGGACCCAAGGACCCAGCUCCAGAUGCUAUUUUUGACGCCUCUGGAUCCGCCGAACAGUGGAGUUCGUUCUUCAUCCUUCAUGCUCAAUGACAUAUCGGUAAACAAGACACGCAAUCGAUCGCAAUCAGGAAAACAAAACACUGUCAAAUCGGGAAACCCUCUCGCCCAUUCGCCGAUGGGGCCUGUUGGAGCUACCAAAGCUUGUUGA